AGUCAUAUAGUUUGCUUUCUAGAACAGAAAUAACAUCGUUUGCAUGUUGUGAUAAUCCUAAAAUCAAAAGCAACAAAUUUGUAUUUGGAGCAAAGUACAGAGGAACACAAAAACGGCAAUUGAGAUCAAGUGAAUCGCAUGCAAAAAAGUUCAGCGUGAGAGUGCAAUAUGAACCCAUCGAACUUUUACAAAAUGAAGAAUUUUGCCAAUCCGAAGACCAUGUUCAAGUCGUGCUCCAACAACGAUGAAUUCUCAACGACACCAGUGCAAAGCGGUUCGCCCACAAAGAAGUCCAAUAAGACGGGCUCAAGUGGCAUCCGCAGUGGCAGCAGUAGCAGUGGCAGCUAUAAGAGUGUCAUGAAUGCACAAUGUUGCAGCGGUGGCAGCUGCGUUUGUUCACCAAUAUCGACGCCACGUUCAGAUUUAAGUGGUUGCACCACAGAUGGGGCAUAUUUGACGCCAAUGGUGGCUAGCGAUAGUACGGCCUCGGAUACGGUUAGCUGUGAGGUGAAAGGCAGUGAAAUUGAGCAACAGAUACCAACGGAGCCGCAUCAUCCAUUAAACAGCGAAUGGACACUUUGGUAUUUAGAGACUGAUCGCAGCAAGAGCUGGGAGGAGAUGCUCCACGAGGUGGCCAGUUUCAAUACGGUCGAAAACUUUUGGAGCCUUAUCAAUCACAUUAAAACGCCAUCGGAGAUCAAAAUGGGCAGCGAUUAUUGUCUGUUCAAGAAAGGCAUACGACCCAUGUGGGAGGAUGAGGCAAAUGUGAAAGGAGGUCGCUGGGUGAUUACCCUCAAUAAAAGCAACAAAAAUGAUUUGGAUAAUUUCUGGCUGGAUACGAUGUUAGUUCUCAUCGGCGAGAGCUGCGAUUAUUCGCAUGAAUUGUGCGGCGCUGUUGUCAACAUUCGCGUCAAGAACAAUAAGAUCUCAAUAUGGACAGCAAAUGGGAGCAAUGAGGCAGCCGCUCUUGAGAUCGGUGGCAAGCUGCGUGAUGGACUCCGUAUGGAGAGCGCUUAUGUUCUACAGUAUCAAUUACACAAGGAUACCAUGGCCAAGCAGGGGUCGUUGGUCAAGACCAUCUACACGCGUUAAAAGUGCGACGAAUAACCAUCCACAAUAUCCAA